AUGAAGGAGGAUUGUGAACCAUGCCCUCCCAACGCCGAGUGUCGCGGUCGUAGUAUGGUGUGCAAGCCUUUGUUCAAGCGCGAUGUAGAUGUGUGUGUGAGAGAUGAACGAUUGUAUAUGGCGUCACAUCACAUGGCAGCCUCUCUAGCUGAACAGCUGGCGGAGCGUCGGGGGGAUUAUGAAUGUUAUAAAACUCGGUAUCAACUUGAUCAGGACGAGGCUAAAAGAUAUCUCCGUGUAAAAUGUCGGGAGGCGAGAAGACUUGGGGAUAAGGACUUCGAAGCGGCAUUUAAAUUGAUGUUAUCGGAGUCGUUACCCUCUGAGUUUGGCGAUCAAGUUGUUCACACUGCUGGGGGUACUUUUUGGUCGUUGAAGUCGUCGAAGAGAAUUCAUUGCCAAAUCGUGGAAGCGAUAGAAAUGUGGUGGAGACCUGUGACGAUGAUUUUAAUUAUCGUCUUGUUGGCUGCAUGGAGACUGAGGAGGUGGUCGGACAGGAGAUGGGCCCGCAAGUCGGCUCUGGAAGCGGUGACGGCGUGUACUCGUCUCGGCAGUGAUGGAAGUAUCAGAGGCAUCAGAGUUCGCGACUUAGCCGUUGAAGUCUUGCAUUGGUCUGAGGGGAAAGUACGUACGUAUAUGGACGAGCUUGCUAAGGAGGCGGCGGACGUGAAGUCUUCGGGAGAUGGGGAGUAUUGGUCGGAUGCUGCGGUGAAUCGACUGGUGGCAUCGAGUAAGGAGGGAGGGCGCAGCUAUCGCAUGUUUUGA